GUCUGUCCGGUUGUCGUCCCUCGUCAUGGCGGUCAUGCGACUCUCCACCAUCAGUGUUUGGUUGCUCGUGGUGUCCGUGACCUCGGCCUCAGUUGAGGAGGAGAACCCCGAGUUCUGGAGGAGUUCAGCUCAGAAUACGUUGCGUUCUGCUCUGGACAGGAAACUCAACACUAAUGUGGCCAGAAACAUCGUGCUGUUCCUGGGAGACGGUAUGGGUGUGACCACCAUCACGGCCGCCCGGAUACUGAAGGGUCAGUUGCAGAACCGCACAGGAGAGGAGACUGUCAUGAAUAUGGACACAUUCCCGUUUGUGGGACUUGCAAAGGUGUACUCUGUGGAUUUUCAGAUUCCUGACAGUGCAGCGACGGCUACAGCGUAUCUGUGUGGAGUCAAAACUAAUCUGAACACGGUUGGUUUGAGUGCAGCCGCUCGCAACGGUGUCUGUCGCUCACAGAAGGGCAACGAGGUCACGUCCAUCCUCAAAUGGGCUAAAGAUGCAGGCAAGUCUGUUGGCAUAGUGACGACAACGCGCGUUCAGCACGCCACCCCUGCUGCUACAUAUGCCCACAGCGCCAGCCGAACCUGGUACAGUGACGACGAUCUACCAGCGUCUGCCAUCACAGAGGGAUGUACAGAUAUCGCAUCGCAGCUGCUCAGAAACACUGAUAUUGACGUGAUCAUCGGUGGAGGCCGGAAGUACAUGACCCCUAAAGGGUUUCCCGAUCCGGAGUAUCCCACUGACCUGAGCGCACAGGGACAGAGAAAGGACCAGCGCAACCUCAUAGAUGAGUGGACAGCCAUGAAAGAGGGAAAGGUUGCCAGAUACGUGUGGAAUAAAACGGAUUUUGACGCGGUGGACCCUGAAAAGACGGAUUAUCUGAUGGCCCUGUUUGAGCCCGGCGAUUUGAGGUUUGAUGCGGAGAGAGACCAUCGCAUGGAUCCCUCCAUCGCCGAGACCACCGAGAAAGCCGUUCAGAUCCUGAAGAAAAACCCCAAAGGAUUCUUCCUGCUGGUGGAAGGCGGCCGUAUCGAUCAGGGGCAUCACAGCAGUCGUGCAUCCAUGGCGCUGCAUGAGGCGGUCGCCCUUGACAACGCUGUAGCCCGAGCGCUGGAGCUGACCAAUGAGGAAGAGACGUUGACCAUCGUCACGGCUGACCACUCCCACGCGUUUACCUUUAACGGCUACCCGUUCAGAGGGAACAGCAUUCUGGGUAAAUCUCCCAUCUUUGGCCUGGACUUUCUACCCUUCACGACUCUGAUGUACGGAAACGGACCAGGACACAAAAUCGAAAACAACAAGCGUCCGGACAUCCGCAAAGUCGACACCACCAAUAAAGAUUACGUUCAGCAGUCGGCUGCCCCGAUGGAGUCUGAGACUCACGGCGGCGAGGACGUGGCACUGUUGGCACGUGGUCCCAUGGCGCAUCUAUUCCAGGGGGUUUACGAACAGAGUUACAUCGCACAUGCCAUGGCUUACGCGGCCUGUGUCGGUGCAAAUCAGCAACACUGUGCUGCGACUGCUGCACCUGAUGUGACCCGGCUCAUAACGACUGACCCCGGGAGCUCCGCCCCAGACACGCCUCUCUGCACCAUGACGACUGUGAUGUUGAGCGCAUUGUUGACUGUUUUAUUUCAAUAAGAGAUUUGACUUUACGCAUGAAUGUAAACUCUGUUUGUGUUCUCAUUGAUGUGCAGUCUGUCAGGUAGAUGUGAGAGA